AUUAAUAAUAGUCGCCUUUGCCGAAAUGAAAAUAGAGUUGAUUUCAUUAAUUUUUUUCGCAAUCAAUUGUAAAGCACAAUAUUUUAGAAGUGGCCCCCCUAUAUCAAGUGAAGAUGUGGAUGUAUUGAUUACAGGUUUUCAAAACAUAUUUAACGAUCCAAUAUCAUUCCUAGAAACAUUCAUCCAACCUUUCAAAAAAAAUGGACAAUAUCAACAAAGACCAACGGGUAUUUCAAAAUAUGUUAUAUCAAAUCCACUGGAUUUGUUUAACAUCGUUGAUGAAGGAACGUCGUUAGUUUCUCCGAGGGUUUCAUUCGAUGAAAUGACACUUGCUAUGGAUAAUGCUACAAAGAAGUUUGGAGGACUUCGGUUUGCUAAUAUCAUAGGUAAAAUCUUAUGCCUUCUACAUUCAAUUUGGAAUAUGGUGUCUCCGUAUCUACUAACGUUCCUCCAAAAAUUUUCUUCGAAGAUUUAACAACGAUACUAAAUUCUAAUUAUUUAUUUAUUGAUACGAUGAUAAUUUGUAUUAGAAACGAGAAACAAUAGAUUAUUUGAAGUAUAAAA